AUGGCGGUCGUGAGUUCGAUCCUCACACGGGGCAAAAGAUGGUUUCCUCCUUUUUUUUUUCCUCUCCCCUCUCGCCGCGGCGCCGCCGACAGCGAGCCCGACACCGAUACGGACCCCGAAGAAGCGGGAGGUGGCGGCGUCACGGAGGACGACGAAGCCGCGGAACGCAUUGAGGGCGGGCGGCCCCUGCCGCCUUCAGUCGAGGCCGGCCCGGCCGGGCGGGCCCCGCUGUCCCUGUUGGAGCUGCCCCCGGAGCUCUUGGUGCAAAUCUUCGGCUCCCUGCCCGGUACCGACCUGCCCAGCCUGGCCCGAGUGUGCACCACCUUCCGCCGCAUCCUCAGCACCGACACGAUCUGGCGGCGGCGCUGCCGCGAAGAAUAUGGAGUGUGUGAAAACCUGAGGAAGCUGGAGAUCACAGGAGUGUCCUGUCGAGACGUUUACGCCAAACGUAUAAACCCCCGGGUGAAGUCGGGGCGUUUUAUGAAAAUCCUGCCCGACUACGAGCACAUGGAGUACAGAGAUGUUUACACCUGCCUGCUGCACCGCUACCGGCACAUCCUGGGAUUGUGGCAGCCGGACAUUGGGCCCUACGGGGGACUGCUGAACGUGGUGGUGGAUGGUUUGUUCAUCAUUGGCUGGAUGUACCUGCCCCCUCAUGACCCUCACGUGGAUGAUCCCAUGAGAUUCAAGCCCCUCUUCAGGAUCCACCUCAUGGAGAGGAAAUGUGCCACGGUGGAGUGCAUGUAUGGCCACAAGGGACCUCAUAAUGGCCACAUCCAGAUUGUAAAGAAGGACGAGUUCUCCACCAAGUGCAACCAGACAGAUCACCACCGGAUGUCAGGGGGCAGGCAGGAGGAAUUCCGGACGUGGCUGAGGGAGGAGUGGGGUCGGACUCUGGAAGACAUUUUCCACGAACACAUGCAGGAGCUCAUCCUGAUGAAGUUCAUCUACACCAGCCAAUAUGACAACUGCCUGACGUACCGGCGCAUCUACCUCCCCCCCAGCAGCCCCGAGGACCUCAUCCAGCCAGGCCUCUUCAAAGGCACCUACGGCAGCCACGGGCUGGAGAUUGUCAUGCUGAGCUUCCAUGGCAAGAAAGCCAAGGGCACCAAGAUCACUGGAGAUCCCAACAUCCCAGCUGGACAGCAGACUGUGGAGAUAGACCUGGCACAUCCUCUGCAGCUGCCUGACAUCGAGAACCUGCGUGACUUCAGCGAGCUGUCCCGCAUCGUGCUGGAGGUGCAGGAGCAGGUCCGGCGGGAGGAGCAGGAGCACAGGCAGGAGGAGGAGGAGCACUCCCAGCAGGCUGCCUCCCAGCCUGCCAGCCCCCUGGGAGGAGAAGGUGCUGAGGGGGAAGAGACUGCAGCUGGGGCAGAGGGGACGGCCCAGGACAAGGCCCCAGCUUCCCAGCCCUUCGUGCUGCCCAUGGGAGUGAUAUCGAGGAAUGAGGAUUAUCCCCGGACCUGCCGAGUCUGUUUUUACGGGACAGGGCUCAUUGCUGGCCACGGCUUCACCAGCCCCGAGAGGACGCCGGGGGUGUUCGUCCUGUUCGACGACGACCGCUUCGGCUUCAUCUGGCUGGAGCUGAAAUCCUUCAGCCUCUACAGCCGCAUCAAGGUCUCCUUCCAGAACGCCCAAGCGCCUUCCCGGGAGGCCUUUGAUGAGAUGCUCAAGAACAUUCAGUCCCUGGCUACUUGAGGAGUGUUUGUGGUGAAGGACAGGGCUCGGGGUGGCCGAGGCUGCUGCGCUCCCCAGCCGGGCCGGGGCGGGGAGUCCUCGCUCUCGGUUCCUCUGGAUAGAAGCAUGCACUUUGAAUAAAGCCUUUCUACCCCAAAUGUA